AUGGUCAAACCCAAGGAGUUUCUCAAGAAACCAAAACUUCCCAAACAACAGAAAAAACAAAAGAUCUUGGUGACUGCAGACGAUUUUCAGGAAGCUGCCGACGCAGAAGAAGAAACCGGGGGCAAAUGGAGAGCUGGCGAUCCAGCUAAAUCAUGUCGUGCCUUUGUCAGAGCUAUUGAGAUCUACAACAAUGGCUUGCAAAGACAUCCGAAAGAUGCUGAUUUGGCUUACAACAAAGCUCGCCUCGAGUUUGAACUAUCACAACAGCCAACUCUGGUAGCCAAGCUCCCAAUUCCACUACUCGACUUCUUGCACCAAGCCUUGACCUCACAUCGUUAUGCCCUACAGCUCAAUGCAGAGUCAGCCGAUGUUCUCUUCAACACUGCUCAAGUCAUGAUCACCAUUUCAGAGUAUGUAACAGAAGCAGGCAUUUUCAGUGCACAAGCCGACUCGGUAGCUCUUCUUCGUGAAGCACUCGAACUGCUGUCAGCAUGUUUCACUCGUCAGGAGAUGCUCGUCGAAGAGCAGAAUGCAAACUCGAUGGAGGCAGAAGGUGGCGUUCCAGUCGAGCAACAAGCCCCACCAGCUGCGCCUGUAGCUUCAUCUUCUCGAGCAGCCGAAGAUGCAGAUUCUGAGGGCGAGGAGGAGGGUGAAUAUGUCUCUGUGCAAGCAUACAUCACACCUUCUGAUUUGCUGGACACGGCACGUUCCAGUCUCACUGCCUUGACUCUGCUUAUCACACUCGAGGACCCCUCCAACGUGUCCCCUCUAGCAAAGAUGGGCAUCACUCUAGUUGAGGACAAGAUCCCUCAGUACCUUUCCCAAAUCGAGGCCGCAGAGCGCGCCCAAGAGGAACCCGAGGUUGCUCUCGAACGUGCGGAAUUCCACGCAGCCCUUACAGUAGCGGACCUCAAACUCGGCACUGCAACCGCAAAUGACAGUCUCAGCCGCUUGCAACAAGCCUUCGAACCCCUCGACACAACCACAAACGUAGCAGUCAUGUGCACCUACGCCGACAGCCUUGUCGAAUUGACAACCACAGCUCAAAACUUCAGCCCAUCGAGUGCAGCAACAACAUGCUGGUCCACCCUGUCCAAAGCUCAAGACCUCUAUGCAGCUGCAGUCAAAAUCAACGAUGCAGAAGCUAAGGCACGUAAAGCUCGUGUCUACGAAUCGCGCGGUGACGUCGAGUUGUUGCGCUUCAACCUCGCCACUACACCUGCUGCUGGUCUCUCGGCUGCUAUCCAAAAGAGCGCUCCCACUUUGAUCAAGAAUGCACAAACAUAUUACCGCGGUGCUAUGAAUCUUUUCCGUGCCGAGGGCGAUCUUGAAGCAGCUUCGAAGGUGGAAGUGAGAGGGUUGAUUGCCGCCAUGCUCGAAGGCAAACUUCAUGGCAACAUCGAACAGCAGAUCAUCGCUGCACUGGGUCAAAAAGGAGACGCCGGAAGAGCUGUUGCGAUGGAUAUGUUGCGAGAAAGCUUGUUGCCUGAAGAUUGGGAUCAGGGAAUCAUGUAA